GAUGACAACGUGUAUGUUGGGGUUGGGAAAGGAGACUCGAGCAUGGAUGCAUUGCGUUGGGCUAUUGACAAUCUUAUCACCUCUUCCUCAACUCUUCUCUUUCUCAUCCAUGUCUUCCCUGAGACUCGCUUCAUCCCUUACCCCUUGGGGAGGCUAACGAGGGAGAAAGCAAGUCAAGAACAAGUUGAAAGCUUUAUGUCUCAGGAAAGGGAAAAAAGAAGAACUCUGUUGCUCAAAUUCCUUCAUGCCUGCUCUGCUUCUAAGGUGAAGGUGGAGACGAUACUGGUUGAGAGUGACUCGGUGGCUAAGGCUAUACAAGACCUCAUUACCAUUCUUAACAUUAAGAAGCUUGUUCUUGGGAUCGACAAGUCUAAUGCUAGGAAAGCAGCGGUGAUAAAAGGAAACAGUGUUCCUGAACUGAUAAUGAGGAGCUCCGCAGCAGAAAUGUGUGUGGUCAAAGUCAUAUGCCAAGGAAGAGAAAUAAGCAUGGAGGAGGCGAUGAUGUUGAACAGCCCUUCUAAGUCCCCAAUAGCGCAGCGGCCAAGGAAAGAUCAACCCGUUGAUCCUUUUGCUUGCAUUUGCUUUAUCAGUAAGCCCAAAACUAACAGUUAAUGUAUUGAGAUAUCAAGAUGCAGAGACUAUACAUUUGAUGUUAUGUUUUGUGCUUGGCUAGAGCGAGUAAAAAGGUACUCUGAUAAAAACUAAUAAGGUUAACAGAAACAGUUACAACAUUUUUAUAAA